AUGAUGCCUGGGGACAACCAGUCCAAAAUGGUGGCGAUCGCUGCCGAUGCAACGGUUGGAAACUGUCAGAAUUGUUCUAUCUUACACCAGAGCCUUGACGAGUAUGUACAGUCUUUUCUGGCACUGAAACAAAAGAUCACCAUGACGGACGACAAUGUUCGACUGCAACAACAAAUCAAGGAUCUACAAAUUAGACUAGCAGCUCUAGAAAAAAAGACCGCAGAUUAUGAUUCUCUUCAAACUGAAUUACAAGAGAAAAAGGAUGCUUUGUCAGUCUACAUACACAUUUCUGAAGAAAUGGAAACAGUUGUACACAAAAAUGCAGAGAUAAACUCAGAGAAUGAGAAGCUCAAAGAUGAAAUAAAGAAUGUGAAAGAAUGUGUUGAUGCAAGGACUCUUGAAAAUGCUCAACUGAGACGGGAAAAGGCUGAAGUGGAAAAUCGUUUUCUCGAUACUCAGGCAUCAUUGAAGAAAGUCCAAGCCCAAGCAGAUAAAGUUGAACAACUAGUAAAAGACAACAUAAAUAUUGUGAACAUUAAAGAAAACCUUGAUAUUAAGGUGAACCAACUUGAAGAAUCAGUUUCCAAACAAAAUGGUUUUAUAAGCAAAUUAUCACAAGAGAAAAGUCUGCUGGAACAAAACAUUAAUGAUCUUCAGAUGAGACUAAUGAAGCUUGAAAGGGAAAGGUCUAAAGAAUACAAGAAUACCUACACUCAAGCAAGUGUGCCAGAGGAGCCUAAAGUUGACAAAGAUAAAUUCCGUCUUCUUCUAAACAAUUUAUGGGCAUGUGUGGAGCCAGGUCAAAGCCUGGGCAGCACAACAGGGUCUCCACACAGACGUCUGCCAUCUUCUCCUCAACAAAACGAACCAUUCAGUCAGUCAAGCCAUCCCUCAAAGUCUCCAAAAAUGCAAGUCAGCAGACACGGAUUCAUCAAUGGAUUCAGUGAUGGAUGA